UUAAAUAAUCCGCGUCUCAUAAAUAAUCCCGCCAUAUUGGUAGGCUUUCCCCUGCCAACUACUUAUGGAUGGAUUAACUAUUAAGGCCCACAAGUCCACAAAGAACCCCAAUUGGGCAGGCCCACUUACUCAGCGACUUCCCGCGCAAUCCGGUCCAGUAAUAUCCGGUCCCGUCUCCUAUUUCCAAUGAUAAAUUGACGUCAUAAAUUCGGCAUUUAAAGAAUUUCUAAACCCUAACAAAAACCGCGCCCCCAAAAAAAGGAGGCGAAUCGUAUUCUGUACGUUCAUUCGUUUCCUUCCCCUUCUUCCCCUACAAAUUGCACAAAACCGCGCCGGCGAUUCCUCACUAUGGACAGCAAGCGACCACGGAAAGAAUCAUUGACGAUGAGCGAAGGCGGCGGGGGAAAUGACGGCGGCAGAAUCAGCACUGGGUACCCUCUCCCUCUCAAAAUCGUCUCAGAUAUCCUCUCCAGGCUUCCAAUCAAGUCCGUAGUCCGAUUCGAAGCCGUCUCCAAACCCUUCGCCGCCCUAAUCAAAUCCCCCGACUUUGUCUCCGCCCACCUCCGCCGCCACUCCCCCACCGGCUCGUCGUUCCUGAUCCGCCGCCUCGCGGACCCAACCGUCUGCGGUUUCCACUUCUCCCUGAUCGACGGCCGGACCGCCGCGGUGGGCGAUAUUCCCAUCCCGUUCAUGGACAGCCUCAGUCGCUUCCCCAAAAUUGUGGGCUCCUGCUGCGGCCUCGUCUGCCUCGACGUCUCCAUGCUCCACGCCUCGGCGUUUCUUCUUUGGAACAUCGCCACUAGGAAAGUGGGGAGCGUUCCUAGGUCAAGGAUUUUCGUCGAGCGCCCGCCCUUUUGGAUGGUUGCUGUCGGGUUCGGGUCGAAUUGCGACAACAGCGACAUCAAGCUGGUGAGAAUCGUGUAUUUCAAGCGGAGGAUGGAGGAGUUGCCCCUUGUGAGGGCGGAAGUCUUUUCGUGGGGAUUGGGUAGGUGGAGUUUGAUUGACGCAGAUGCGACCCAGGCGGCCCUGCAAUCGUGCUCCAUCACUGAGGGUCAGAAGGCUGUGGCUGCUAAUGGGGCAUUGCACUGGGUGGGCGUUGAAAUUGAGAAACCUUCCAUGAACAAGUACAUUGUCUCACUUGAUCUGGGUACUGAAGAGUUCAGCAGAGUUCCAACUCCUGAUUAUGGCAGUGAGUUACCAACGUGUGUGCAAGUUAUGGGGUUUAAGGGUAUGCUUGGAUUGGCGGCUUACCCUGCCCAGUCUUUCAAACCAUCACCCUACAAGUUCAUCGAUCUCUGGACGCUGGACGACGGUAUUCGCUGGACUAAGAUUACUAGUUUGAGGCCGGGAAUUAUAGGCAUUGGGAUUCCUGUGGGGAUUCUGAAUGAUUCUGAGCUGAUAAUGAAGCGGGAAGAGGGGCACUAUGUGCAUAUCAGCUCGUUUGAUGGAAAUGCCAGGGUUAAGUGGAACAUUCCGGUCUUCUCCGUGCCCGAGUUUGCCUGUGAAGUUUAUGGCUUUGUUGACAGCGUGUAUCCAGUAGCUCCAUUCGAGGAAGUUGAUGCUGCAGAGGGUUGAGACAGAUUAGCUUAUGGACAUGCUGUGCUAUUGAAUCUGAAUUAGGUCUUUAGAGGUAGUAAAGUAGUAUGAUUUGAGGUUCCUCUCAGUCGGGUUUUAGGCUUCUUUAAGGUAUGUUAACUAUGUGCUCUCACUUGUGUAGUUUAGUCUAUAUGAACUAAACUAACAAACUAGAGCUGAAAAGAGUACAUGAACUGAGCUAUAUGCUCUCUCUCUCUCUUUUGCUUCUGCUGUUGAUGCUUCGCUGUAACAUGCAAACGCUCAUAAAGUUUGGAUCUUUUUGUGAUUGUGCUUUUGUAGCUAUGUGCCAAUUGCGAUGAUACAUAAAUAAACUUGAGUGGUUGGUCGAUGGAACUAGUCACAAUGGCUUGGCCUAGUCUGGCCGCCACUUGACUUGACUUUUUGGUGUUUCAUGGGUUGAAGUCCUUGACCAAGUUCAUGCAUUGUCCUGUUCUGUCCUGUUUCUUUCUUAGGCAUCGUUUGACUUCUGAGUAAUUUAGAAAGCGAAUAAUGGAAUGAAUAUAACGGGGAAAUGUGGAGGUUCAACUUUCAAGUGCUGCUGGUUGUUGAUUGUGUCUCUGUUUUAAGCGUUGCAGUGUGUUACAGCUUGUUUCUUGCUUUUGCUUCUCUGUGUCGUAUCUCUGUUUCAGCAAUUGGAUCAAACCAAUGUUUGGACCGGACCAAAUCGAACAUGCAGUAUGGUCCUUAGUCCUGCAUAUCUUUCAGUAUUUGAUUACGAGUCUCUUGAAUUUGGUCCGGUUCAGACCAGAUCAGACCGUUGCACACCCCUACCAAUAUCCACUUCACCCUCUCCACCCUCAUCUCAACCAUAAUGUCUCGAUUGAUUCAUUCCUCAUUUUUUCUAGACAAUCAGAUUGGCGCACACAUGAGCUGAAUUCAUAUGCUGGUUAAAGUUGUUGUUGCAGGAGACAAAUCAAACCGAACAGUUGUUGCAACAAAUCAUGUGAAAAUGGGUCCACGCAAAUGUUAACUCAGGUGAUCGAUCUCUCCCACCGCCAUGGAAAGAAAAAAAAAAAAAAAAAAAACAGCAGCACUGCACAUGCUAGCUAUUGCCGACUAAUGCAGAAAUAGGCAACAGUUCUUGGCCUUCUUUUCCCUCUUGUCCCUUCUCUCGUUGUCAAUACUGUAUGGAUCCAUUUUCCAGGACAAAUCUGCAUGUGUUGCUUAAGGUCCACAGCCAUGGAUUUUUCUACGGUUUUUCAAACCUAUCCAAUCACAGAGUGGCCUACUUGCACGAAGAUGUGCCAUUCAUAGGUUCCUCGAUCACAUCUCAUUCCGCUGGGGAGGAGGGGGAAAACAGCUAACGAAAAGAUGAACCAAAGGGCUUGUAGAUCAACAGUAUCACAACGAAACUGUAGAUUAACAGUAUCGUUGCUUGGAAAAUGUUUAUAUAUGUAUUUUAUGUCACUACCUUAUGGGAUAGAAUUAGGAACGAAAAUGGAUCGAUUGAUAGGGUAAUUUCAUCGAAUUAUCAUGACUCAUAUGCAUGUUUAAUGAUUUUCGCUUUGGAUUGGAUUUGAAUUAAGUUCAACUUGGGUAUCAUCCGGUAAGAAAGAGGUUAAGUAUCAUACAUGAAUGGUACUUAAAGCACAUGGUAUGGGGAGGCCUAUGCAUAUUUCAUGCCCAUGAGUUGCGCGCUAUCGUUUGAGGGGGGCGUAUCAGGAAGUGGUUAAGUAGCCAUACAUGACCCUCCCCCAACAACUGUGAGUGAUUGAGACCAAUUGGUUUAUAACAGUACAUUCAAAUGGGUCUAUUUUGAUGGAGAUGAUUGUAAACACAAAAGACAAUAUCAACCAUCUCAUUAAUUGUCUCCAACCCAAUCACACCUUAAUGUUGGUGUUUCCACUAUCCAUUUUUUCUCAGAUAUCCAAUACGAUGUGUCUAGUUUAAACUAAAACUAAAAUAUUGAG